AUGGCGGCGUCCGCCGCAACAGCUAAGGACCGGCAGUUCCUCGCCGUUAUUGGUGAUGAAGACUCCGUCACCGGUCUUUUGCUCGCAGGAAUUGGGCAUGUUACCGAAGGACCAGACUCGCAGCGAAACUUCCUGGUUGUUGAUUCCAAAAUCGAGACGUCGGAGAUCGAGCGGGCCUUCCAGAGCUUCACCCAGGAACGCAAAGACAUUGCAGUGCUCCUGAUCAAUCAACAUAUCGCAGAGCGCAUCCGUCACAGCGUCGAUACAUUCACCGAUCCUUUCCCCGCUGUCCUCGAAAUUCCUAGCAAAGACCAUCCCUAUGACCCCGAGAAGGACAGUGUUCUCAAGCGUGUUCGCCGUCUCUUCGGAGAAUAG